GCUGUUUAUUGCGUUUUUAUGUCCGUCUUUAUUUAAUAUUURGAAUUUUAACAUUCCUAGGACUCUUUAUCAUCGUGUAAUAGUGACAAGAAGCGUUUUAACGAAUUGGUUUAGGAGGUCAUUUGAAAAAAAAAACAUCAAUCAAGAAUUGCUGAAAGUCGGCGAAGUUUGGCUCCCAACAACAUAAGCUUACUUUAGCUUUGCCGAGGAUUCGUAUAAAUACUGAAAUACGAAAGCUUCUCUUCGACAAAAUGGGAAUCCAAGGUCUGCUGCCUCUUUUGAAACCAAUUCAAAAAGACGUACACCUAUCAAAGUUUUCUGGUCAAACCAUCGGUGUUGAUACUUAUUGCUGGCUCCAUAAAGGAGCAUAUGGCUGUGCCAUGGACAUAGUUGAAGGAAAGCAAACUAAAGUAUACCUUAACUAUGUUAUAAAAAGAUUAGAAAUGAUGUUAUACUAUAAUAUCAAGCCUUAUGUAGUACUUGAUGGUGGUCAUCUUCCAUCAAAAGCAAGUAAAGAAGCUGAGAGGAGAAAAACAAGGCAGGAGAACAAAGCCAAAGGAUUAGCCUUCCUCCGUGCUGGUAACAAAACUCAGGCCUGUGAAUGCUUUCAGAAAUGUGUGGAUGUAACCCCUGAAAUGGCACUUGAAGUUAUCAAGGUUUGCAGAGAAAGAAACAUUGAUUAUUUAGUGGCACCAUAUGAAGCAGAUUCUCAAUUGGCCUACCUAAUGAAAACUGGAAUAACACAAGCAGUUAUAUCUGAAGACUCUGACCUUUUAGUGUAUGGAUGCAAGAAGGUUAUAUUCAAAAUGGAUGAAUUUGGUGAUGGAACUCUCAUUGACUUGGAUGACCUUCCUAAACUGAAGGACCUAAAAAUGCAUGAAUUUACCUUGGAAAGGUUUCGACACAUGUGUAUUCUUUCUGGAUGUGAUUAUCUACCAUCAAUUAAAGGAAUUGGUCUUAAGACAGCAAACAAACUUGUUAGAAAACAUUCCACUAUUACAAAGCUUGUAAGAAAUAUUAGGCUAGAGAAUAAGCUUAAAGUGCCAGACAACUAUGAGAAGAACUUUCAACAAGCUGAUGAGACAUUCUUAUAUCAAAUGGUGUUUGAUCCAAUUAGCCAGUCUGUUGUACCACUUACACCACUGCCUGAUGGUGUUUUACCUGGACAGUUAAACUUUGCUGGAUCAUUAAUUCCUAAGGAAAAUGCUUUGGCAAUUGCAUUAGGAAAUGUCAACCCAAUAACCAAUGAAAUAAUGGAUGACUAUGAUCCACUUAUCAAUAAGAUUGAUAAAUCUGAAAUCAAGAUAGAUAUGUCAGCAUGUUCUAAUAAUAGCAGUUGUCAACAGUCCCUGACACCUUCCACAGCCAAUACACACAAUGGCGAAGACCCUACAACAGGCUGCCGACGUUUCUUAUUGCCACCGUUAAAUCGGACAAGAUUAAAAGAAAAUGAUAAUGCAUCAGAAGAGAAAGACCUUAUUAAAAUGUAUACUUUCCUGAAGCAAAAGAAACCUGCAAUCUCAACAGAACGCAAACAAAGCUGUUGCCAUUCACGAAAACAAAGGCUGAAGAAUCCUUUUCGCUUGAAAAGCAAGAACAUGGCACCAGGACGACUUAGCAGUUAUUUUGUAAAUAUGAAUUCCACCCCGGAGAAUGUCAGUAAAAGUAUUUUCUCGGACUUACCUUCCCUGGCUGAGGUUUGCAUCCCACUUCCAUCCUAUGAAGAGGAAGAACUUCAAAAAGAAAACAGUCAAAUAGACACGUUCAAUGUUACUCGUACAAGUCCGGGAAAGAUAUUUCCGAGUGCUUUACAAAUUGACUACGAAGACAGUCGAUUACAAAAUGGACGUCAUAAAGAUGUUAGGGCAACGCCCAAUGGCUACAACGAGAGUACUAUUCCUGUGGCCAACAAGCCUUUAAGGGUAUUAAAUGUAACUAGCCCUAACCCAUCUUCUACGGCUACGCCCUUAAGGUCUUUAAAUAAGUUUGUCUACAAACCGAAGAUCAAAAGCAAUGAUAAAGUUACAACAAAACAAGAUAGUGCGGUUACUGAUAGUGGCUGUUUAUCGGACAAUGAAACAGAAGCACCACCUGAUGGGAUUGUCAAGAAGCACAUCCAAUGGAAGCCCAUAUCAUCUAUAGGAUGCGCCGGAUUUAGUCGUUGUAAACAGGUUGGACUUAGCAAGAGAAAAUCGAAAACGAGAAAUGGCAAUGACUGUACUACGCUGUUUAAUUAUUUUGAAUAUACCAAGGCUAAGAAACCAAGAUUGGAUGCUUAAAAAUCUCAACAUACAUGGACAAGAACCUUAGUAUAGUUUUAUGACGCAAGAUUUUCAGACCCCAUUUACACCAUUGAUAUUUUUUAAUAUGGUGUUUUUUCCGCCGUUUUCAAGAAACUAUCGCUUCCGUUAGUCUCGUUUAUAAAUUCAUAAACACACUGAUAAGCUACAUAAACGACAGUAUGCCCUCUGUUUAUGCUCUCUGGUUCUGAGAUUAAAGAAAUAAUAGGUUAUUUGCACAAUGACGUCAUUUAGCUACAACUGCCAAGAUUCUCURUGCUUCAUUUUCCUUCUCUAUAGUGGAGCUAGCCAAGCAGUUCUUUAAUUUUUGUUCUUGAAUUUUAUUCCCUGUGGCAAAACACUAUCGAUUGACACUCAGGUUGYAAACUGGCUAUAAGUUAUAUACAACCCCGCAAGCAUUAAAGUACAGCGAAAUAUCCUCUAAAUUAUCUUUCUACUGUGUGUCACCAGAGCUUGUUUCUUUUAGGUUUUUUGCAUAUUUYGUCUGAUAGUCGUUCUCGUCAGUACAAAAUACGUUAUUAUAGUCUUUGAACUGAAAACUAAGAUUGCUUUCUUCGUUAAUAUAUUGUUUGUCUCCAUGGGAACGGUAUGAAUUUAUGAUUUUCAUGUAUGACAUCUGUCAGACGUUUUCCUUCAAAAUGGCAAUCGAAUGGAAAAAGAAACUUGCUGUAUUUCUGGUCAUAAGUGGGAUAGUUUUGAUUUUGAUUGGUGUUUUUGUUGGUCGAAGGAUUAUACAAAGCGUUCAUGACAAUGUUGCCAAGAAAAACUGCGUUACAAGCAAAACUGAUGAAAGCUUCCGACAGUGGGUAUGUCCAAAAGUGACCAGCUUGUACAUGUAAAAUAGUAAUAAUAAGUCUCCAUAACUUAAYAGUAAUAUUGAUAAACCUGUGGCCCUGGACGAUUCAAACCGUCGUAUUGCUAAAUUGAUAUUCAUUUUGUAAUUAUCGGACAGAAGAGAACUGUCUUCUAUCGAGAGACUCGAUAGCCAUCGGAAACGUUAUACCAAAUCCAACCGCUUUUUAAGURAAUCAAUAAUUUUCAAAAUUUAUAAAAUAUGAAAUACAUGAAAAGCAAACUACUCCAUGUAAAACUAACUAAAAACAGCCGAACAAAGUGUUAACUGUAACCCGUUUCAUUAUCGGCGGUCUGCAUGCAGGAGGCUCUUAUAUGGCUACAGCUGAACAGGUUCAUUUUGAGCUCUAUCAGCAUAAGUACUAGUUCUACAAGGAUGAAGAGUGAUGUUCGUCGAUAUUUGUUUCGUCUUYACYCAGACGACAACCAAUCGGGUAUGAUACAGUAAAAGUACAUCGGCUUGUACGGUACAGAAAUGGAUUUUAAUUAUAAACUGAGAUUGUACGGWACAGAGAGAAAAGGAUUUCGAUUAUAAACUGAGAGAAAAGAAGGCCGAUUUGUUCAUUGUUAGUAAAAGAGUAGAGUUUCAAGUGAAAUUAAUAAAACAUCGGCUUAGUUCUUUGA